AAUUCCCCCAGCGAGGGAGGGAGGCCCCCGGCGGUCGCGAGCUGCGAGCCGCGGCGGGACCCAAGCGCACGCAGGGGCGCGGCGGCGGCCCGGGACCCGGGCUGCGGACCCCGCAGCUGAGAGCGCCGAGGACCCGGGACGAGGUCCAGCCGCGUGCAGGCACCGGAGGGCACAGUCCUCUUGACCCUGGGAGGGGCCCGGCGCCUGCGGCCCCCCACGCCCGGAGAGGGAUGCGGUACGCCCCAAGAUCCCGAUAGCCGCGGACCGCAGCGCUGCAGUCGCGAUGAUGGAUGAGCCGUGGUGGGAAGGGCGCGUCGCCUCGGACGUCCACUGCACUCUGCGCGAGAAGGAGCUGAAGCUGCCCACCUUUCGAGCUCACUCCCCACUCCUGAAGAGCCGCCGGUUCUUUGUGGACAUCUUGACCCUGCUGAGCAGCCACUGCCAGCUCUGCCCUGCAGCCCGGCACCUGGCCAUCUACCUGCUGGACCACUUCACGGACCGCUACAACAUCACCACCUCCAAGCAGCUGUACACGGUGGCCAUCUCCUGCCUCCUGCUUGCAAGUAAGUUUGAGGACAGGGAAGACCACGUACCCAAGUUGGAGCAGAUAAACAGCACAAGGAUCCUGAGCAGCCAGAACUUCUCCCUCACCAAGAAGGAGCUGCUGAGCACAGAGCUGCUGCUCCUCGAGGCCUUCAGCUGGAACCUGUGCCUGCCCACACCUGCCCACUUCCUGGACUACUACCUCUUGGCCUCUGUCAGCCAAAAGGACCACCACUGCCACACCUGGCCCACCACCUGCCCCCGCAAGACCAAAGAGUGCCUCAAGGAAUACGCCCAUUACUUCCUAGAGGUCACCCUGCAAGAUCAUAUAUUCUACAAAUUCCAGCCUUCUGUGGUUGCUGCAGCCUGUGUUGGGGCCUCCAGGAUCUGCCUGCAGCUUUCUCCCUACUGGACCAGAGACCUACAGAGGAUCUCAAACUAUUCCCUGGAACAUCUUAGCACGUGUAUUGAAAUCCUGCUGGUAGCGUAUGACAAUGUCCUCAAGGAUGCCGUCACAGUCAAGAGCCAAGCCUUGGCCAUGGUGCCCGGCACGCCCCCAGCCCCCACCCAAGUGCUGUUCCAGCCGCCUGCCUACCCUGCCCUCAGCCAGGCGACGACGACCCUGGCCCAGCUCCAGGCCCCCGUGCAGGACCUAUGCUUGGCCUACAGGGACUCGCUGCAGGCCCACCGCUCAGGGAGCCUGCUCCCGGGAGGCACUGGCUCCUCCCUCCACGCUCCUUACCCCACCCUCCAGCCCCUGGACAUGUGUCCCAUGUCUGUCCCCGCAUCUCUUAGCAUGCAGAUGACCAUUGCAGCCGAGCCCAGGCACUGCCUUGCUACCACCUACGGAAGCAGCUACUUCAGCGGGAGCCACUUGUUCCCUGCAGGCUGUUUUGACAGAUAGGCCAACUUUGGGCCACAUGGGCGAGCCUCAAAGAGCCAGGCAGAGGAAGAGAACACCCCAGAGGAGAGCUGAGCCAGGUGAGGUGCCUGGAGGCCCUGCCCGAGAGCCCAGUGCCCUUGGACGUAAAAAGGGCUUGUUUUUUUGUUUUUUUGUUUUUUCCCUUUAAAUAAAACUGACCCAAGCAAAGCAUUCAAUGACAUACCUCACCACCGAGAGCAUUCCUCUGAAAAUCCUCUCCCAUGUGUGCCUGGGGUAUAAAGAAGGCUCAGUGGCUGUUCCCCCAAGCAGGGGUCCAGUGAAUCAAGAAAGACUUGGGAAGAGGCCAGAAUACU